GAUCGAGGUAGCAGCCUCUCGGUUUAGGAGCUUUUGGCACGGGACUCACAUGCUCGUUGUAUGUACAAGCUAGGGCCUUGUGUUAUCGAUAAGGAGGCAGAUCGAUAAAGAUGAGUCAAGGAGACAAUACUUCUACUCCUCCUCCUACUGAUGAUGUGAAUACCUGAAUGGACAUAAUGCAAAAGGCCAUUACGGAUAUGAGUUCCAUCUUUAAGGAUUAUCUUCAACAUCAGAACAACAAUAAUGCCCCACAAAACACUGGUGGCAAUUCACAACAAACAGUGGACUCUAGAGAAGGAAAUGAGCAGUUGACAUUGGUGAAGCAAUUUCAAAACAUGAACCCGCCUAGCUCCAAGGGAGUUCUUGAUCCCAAUGUGGCUGAGUCUUGGGUUAAGAAAUUAGAAAAGAUGUUCAAGCUCCUAAAAUGUACCGACGGGCAAAAAGUGGAGCUAGCAGUGUUCACAUUAGAAGGUGAAGCUGAUGAUUGGUGGACAGCUGCUCAAGAUGGGUUUUCUAAGAAAGGGGAAGAGGUUACAUGGGACAAGUUUGUUCAGGCCUUCUAUCGAAAAUAUUUUUCUACAGCUAUGUUGGAAAGAAAGGAACUGGAGUUCAUGAAUCUGAAACAAGAUGACAUGACAGUUGAUGAGUAUCAAGCUAAAUUCAGUUCUUUUAUGAAGUUUGCUCCUCACCUUGUUAAUGAUGAAGUUAGUAAGGUAAGGAAGUUUCAAAGAGGGUUGAAAGCUUCAAUUAGGAACAAGGUAGUUCUUCAAAUGCUAAAGACUUAUGAUGAGGUCUUGGCCACGGCUCAAAUAAUUGAGCAAGAUAUGGAGGAGCAAAGAAUGGAGACUCAUGACUCAAAAGGAAAGGGAAAGGCUAUUAACACCCAGCCUUUCAAUAAGAAGCCUGAACAAAAGGGAAAAAGGAAGAUCCCCAAAAGCAACCGACCAAGUUUUGAUUUUUGUAUAGUGGAAUUUGAUAUCAUACUUGGUAAGAAUUGGUUGUUUACCCAUUAUGCCAUGGUUGAUUGUUAUGAGAAGGUGGUUAUUUUCUCCGCUCCUAACCAGCCUCAUGAGUGUUAUGGAUAUCUGGCAUAUGUUUUUGAAUCUAAAGACAAGUCGGUGUCCGUAGAAGGAAUUUGGGUAGUGGAAGACUUUCCUGAUGUUUUCCCUAAGGAGUUGCCUGGGCUACCUCAAAAUAGGGAGAUUGAGUUUACUAUAGAUCUUGUGCCUGAUGGCUCACUUAGAUUGUGCAUUGACUAUAGACGGUUGAAUCAAGUCACCGUUAAGAAUAAAUAUCCUUUGCCAAGGAUUAAUGAUUUGUUUGAUCAGUUACAAGGGGCUCGUGUCUUUUCCAAAAUUAAUCUUAGAUCGGGUUAUUAUCAACUAAAGGUUAAACCCGAGGAUGUGAUAAAGACUGCUUUUAGGAGCAGAUAUGGGCACUACGAGUUCCUGGUAAUGCCGUUUGGUUUAACCAAUGCCCCUGCAGCUUUUAUGGAUCUUAUGAAUAGGAUCUUUCAACUGUACUUAGAUAAGUUUGUCAUUGUCUUCAUUGAUGACAUUCUUAUCUUUUCUCUUGAUGAAGAAAGCCACAAGGAGCAUCUGGCCAUUGACGGCAUAUCAGUUGAUCCUAGUAAAGUGGAAGCAGUUGUGAAAUGGGAAAGGCCAACUAGUGUCACCAAAGUGCGAAGUUUUCUUGGACUAGCAGGAUAUUAUAGAAGGUUUGUGGAGGGAUAUUCAAAGAUUUCUGGUCCGUUAACACAACUUACUCGUAAGAAUCAGAAGUUUGAAUGGACAGAUAAAUGUGAGCAAAGCUUUCAAGAGUUGAAGAACAGAUUGGUCACAGCACCAAUUCUUGUUAUUCCUGACAAUGGAGGAAACUUUGUGCUCAAGACACAUGAGAGGAAUUACCCUACACAUGAUUUAGAACUUGCUGCCAUAAUUUUUGCACUUAAGUUAUGGAAGCACUAUUUGUAUGGAGAAGAGUUAGAGGUGCACACUGAUCACCAAAGCUUGAAAUAUUUAUUUUCACAAAAAGAGCUUAACUUGAGACAAAGAAGAUGUAUGGAGUAUCUGAAUGACUAUAGAUGCAAAAUUGUCUAUCAACCUGGAAAGGGAAAUGUGGUUGCAGAUGCACUUAGUAAAAAAUCAACUGGCACUUUAGCGAGCUUAAUGGUGAUGGAGUGGAAACUCCUAGAAGAAUUCAAGAAUUUGAAUGUCAAGUUUUUGCCACCAAAGUCUGAUGUACUAGUGUCUAGUCUGAUGGUUCAACCUAUGCUAUUGUCAAAAAUCAAAGAAGCACAACAGAAAGAUUCAAGAUUGAUGGAGUGGAUGAAGGACAGUGGAAAAAGCUCUAAAAUGGGUCUUCAUAUUUCGGAUGAUGGAAUCAUAAGACUUGUAGAUAGAAUCUGUGUUCCAUAUGAUGAAGAGUUGAGGACGGAAUUGCUCCAAGAAGCACACAAGUCCAAUUAUACCUUUGAGGGACUUAAAGAGGGAAAGAUUUUGGAUAAGGAUGACUUCUUUUCUUUUCUCCUUUUUCUUUCUUUCUUUUCUUCUUCUUCCCCGCGUGUUCUGCUCUGUCUUCCCGCUGCAGUCGCCCGAAGAAAAAAAAGGGGAACCCAACCAUGCUUUGAGAAACCGGUGAGAUAAGCUUGGUUUUCUCCUUCCUUUCUUGCUCUAGAACCCAAAUAGAACCCAUAAAUUUCCCCUCCCCCUGCUGGAAAACCGGAUUUACUAUGCUCUGCUCCUCACCGCCGGCUGCUCCUGCUUGUGGGGGGCGAAUUGCUUGGAUUUUGGGAAGUGAAACCGAGGACGGGGAAACCACGGGAAGUGACGAGUUAGAAGGCUAGCCAUAUUGUAAUUGGAUAUGAAGUUUUAUAUAUAAUCAUGAUCUUGUAUUGGAGAUUUAUGAUAUCAGAGAGUUUAUAAAAUUGAUCUUAAGAUUUUGAUGGUAUCAGAGUGUGAAUUGGAUAAGUUUCGAGCCUUGUGCAUUUGUGGGACCCGUCUCACGAGUGCACGGCGUCUGCCACGUUCCCGGAUUUGGGUUCUGGGGCGUGACAGAUAAAGUGGUAUCAGAGCUUAGGUUGAAAUUAAGAGUUUAAGUUUAAAUUAAGAGUUUUGGAUUAAAUUAAGCACCUCAAGAUUGAGUGGCAUUAGAGCAGAUUGAGUGAUAUCCGAGCGUAGGUUUAAUUGAAUACCUAGGAUUUGUUUUGGACUUGGCUAGCCAGUGGAUUUUAGACCCGUGGUGAGACGAGUGAUGGGGUUAUAUAAGGGACAAUUCUGAUUCAUGUUGCCUGAAUUUUCUCAUCCAUUUCGAUGAGAUGGCAAUCUGAUUGUUCUUGUUUCUUGCCUUCAUACUCUGUGUGAAGUUGUGAAAAUGUGUUUCCUUAUCUUCUGAAAGUGUUAUAGUGAAGUUUCACUUUUUCCAUUUGAAGCUUCGUGGUCUUUUCAUGUGGCUCAUUUUUCUGUAUUGGUUAAUCAAGAGCAGUGAGUAUUCAAUUGAAAUUGUUGUCUUUUUGUGAAGAUUGGCAAGCUGUCAUAAAGUUAAACUCUAUUGUUGCCAAUCUCUACAUUCUUGAUAUCUGGGAAUUGCUUGAAACUCUUGAAAUCCGUCUUGAAUCUUUCUUGAUAUUGCUUUGUACUUGUUCUUGAAAUUGAAAUCCAGAAAUGGAUAAUGAUUAUUGGAAUCCUCAUUAUCUUGAUUCUUGUCUGAAAUUAAUUCUUGCACUGUUC